AUGGGACUGCACAGCGUUGAGGAACUGGUGACUGGGAAGAGGUCUGAGGGCAAGGAGGCAGAAGACUUCCCAGGGGGCGUGUACGAGGCAGCUGUCAAUCAAGAGAAACAGGAUGACCGCAGGUCCCACAGGGAGAUGGGUGCAGCUCUGUCAGAGGAGGGCGACAGCGGCAGCGAGCAGGAGGAAGUCAGUGUGGCUGCGCUGAAUACGGACAAAAGUGGCAGACUGCGACUGGACACGGUGGACGACCUGUUCAACAUUCUCCAGCUAAGGAAGAAGAGGAAGGAGAGGAAGGCCCCCAUCCGCAAGAAGCAGGCUGAGCCAGAGAUCAUUCCUGAGACAGUGGAUGAGAAGUUAUUUCUUACAGCUGUCAUUGAGAACAAAAUGGCCGUGGUGGAGAAAUAUCUGUCUGACGGUGGAAACCCCAAUGUCUUUGACGAUUUCAAGAGAACAGCGCUACACAAAGCUUCCUUCAAGGGCAACGUGGACAUUAUGAAGAGGCUGUUGGAGGCUGGGGCCAACAUCGAAGACAAGGAUAAGCUGGAAGCCACAGCAGUCCACUGGGCCUGCAGAGGAGGCAGCCUGCCAGCCCUGGAGCUCCUUCUCAACGAGGGAGCCAAGUUCACCUCCAGAGACAAGCUGCGCAGCACUCCUCUCCAUGUGGCAGUGAGGACGGGCCACUGUGACUGUGCAGAGCAUCUCAUCCACUGUGGAGCAGACGUCAACGCCAAAGACAGAGAUGGAGACACGCCCAUGCAUGAUGCUGUGAGAAUAAACCGAUUCAAGAUGAUCAAGCUGUUGAUGAUGUAUGGAGCCAGUCUCACCACCAAGAACUGUGAUGGAAAAACGCCGAUGGAGAGCCUCUAUUCCUGGCAGAGCGGAGCCAAGAACAUCCUCUGUAACUUCAGUGAGGAGAAGAAGAAGUAGAGCACAACAGAAUUCAGUGAAAAGGAGGAUUCCACAUAGGGUCAGGAGGAUCUGCUGGCUUAUUAGGAAAAAUCCCUCAUAGCCAAAUAUUUUCUUUGGAGAGAUGUGGUGUG